UCCGCUUUCAUCACUCUCGACACAAAUCGAAGCCACUCGCUCGCCAGCAAUGGCAUCCAAUCUCGAUGAUGAGCUACUUGCCCUCGCCGGUGGAGGCGCAUCAUCCGAUGAAGAUGAGGCAAAGACGGCGAGUAAGCGCAGGUCAAAGUCGGCCAGCGCUUCCAAGUCGUCUUCCAAGAAGCGCAAGGUCCACAAUAGCGACGAUGACGAUGACGAUGAGGCCGAUGCACCUGCUUACCCGCUUGAAGGGUUGUACAAGGAUGAGGCCGACAAAGCAUACGUCGAGUCGCUCCCCUACAUCGAACGUGAAGAGCUCAUCGCAGGCCGCAGAGAUGAGCAAGCCGCUCGGGCACGUAAAGCUCAAUUGGCAGGUAUGGUAGCAGCGCAGCAAGGACAGGCAAGUCGUACCAAGAAGAAAGCCGCGACAAAGAAGAAGACGCUCCGUCGCAAGAAGCCUGCAGCGGAUAGCGACAUGGAUGAGGGCGACAGCGAAGAGGAUGAUGAAGACGAUGACGAGGAUGAAGACGAGGACAGUGACAAUGAGGCUACCACAUCAGGCAGGAAAGGUGCCCGCGUACGCAAGAGCGUCGGGACGAGCGAGACGCGCAACCGCAAAUUGCAGGAGUUGAGCGAGAAUCGUAAGAAGAAGGCUGCCAAGUCGCGCGCAAGAGCCGCUGCUCGAGGGGACGACGAUGACGACGACGAUGACGAUGCUGGUGGGCGUCGAGGCCGCAAGGCUUCCACAGACUCAGAUGAGGAGAGCGAAGAGUCCUCCGGCUAUGUGGAUUCGGACGAAGAACGCGGGCUCCGCACUGGUCGUCUCAAGGGUCGUACAGCUCAGCGAAGCCGCCGUACAGCAGACGACGGACCCUUCAUACCACCCGAUCUCGACGACAUCAACCGCGCUCGUAUAGGACGAGACAGCAUCACUCGUAUCAUGUACCUCAAAAACUGGGAGGACAAGCUCAUCGGCCAAUUCGUCCGCGUAAAUAUGGGCCCACAGCGCGACGAGCGUACAGGCAAGACAGUCCAGCGCUAUCGUGCCUACGAGGUCGUGGAUUGGAAGAAUGGCUCACGCUGGUACAAGGUCGACGAGGGGAAGUACACCAAUGUGCUUGUGGUGCUGCAAUUUGCCAAGGAAAAGCACGAGCGCGACCUCGCAAUUCUGUCCAAUUCGCCCAUUACGCCCGAAGAGUUCGAAAGGUACGAGCAAGCGGCAAAGGCGGCUCCAAAUAGGCCGUCCAAGCGGCAGGUGCUGGAUCAGGCAGAGGAGUGGGGGGACUUCAUGGAUUACGUCUGGACGGAGGCGGAUUAUGACUUGGUGUUGAAGGCAAAGAAGGAGGCUAGGAGGGCCUACGAUGAGCAGGUGGCUGGGCGCAAUCCGGGCGCAGCUGGCAGAGCAUCGUCACCUUCUACGAUCAAUGGCAAUGGCAGGCCAGCUGCGGGUUCGUCCAACCUCACCGCGGCCGAAGCGGCCGCCAAGUCAGAGAAUGAGCUCCUCGCCGACCUUAACGAGCGAAAUCGCAAGGCUGAUCGACAGCGCAUUUUGGAGGCGGAGCGCAAGCAGGCUGAGCAGAGGAGAAAGGCAGCUAUGGCGGCUGCUGCGGCGCAGAGGCAGAGGGAGGCCGCGGAGAAGGUCGCAGAGGGAGGGUCUACCAAUGGGAGUGGCACAGGAACUCCUGCUUCAACAGCGCCUACGGCCGUCGGGACGAGUGGAGCCAAGAGUAGCGCUGCUGACGGAGACUUCGAUCUGGGUGAUUUCUGAGGCGAUGGAAUGGGGAGCAAAGCAAAUACGAAGGACCGUCUGUGGAAGUACGGAGCGACGGACAAAUCUGACAUCUUUCCUCUGCAUACUAAUGCCACAAAUCCACUAUCGUCUUCCAAUCGUGUCUAAGCCGACGCACCCAGUCGCUUCCGCCUCACGUCAGACCUAGCCCCCUCAAUUCCUGCCUUAGUACCCCCUCCUCCAC